AUGAGUGACGACGAGGACAGCAAUAAUACUGUCAACCUCCACCAAAGCAGCACCAACUCGUCGAGGCAGGAAGCAAGAGGCGUGUCCUUUUCUUCUUCGCGAGGGAAAAUAUGGUUGAUUCUAGUCGUUAACAUUUCUAUCGUCACCAUGUUCAUCUUCAUGAGUUCCACGCGCUUCCCGUCUCUGCAUGGAGAAAGUAUUGUGAACGCUGCGCUGGAGCAAGACGAAGAGCACCCAGGACCAAUUGACAAGAACGCAGAGCUUAUUUUCUCACUGGCAGCCGUUCACUUCGCUAAUACGAAAGAACCACAAAUGCAAGAAACCGGAGGCUCCUCAAAAAUUACGAGCACUGAUCCUCUGGAUAAAGGACCCGACUUGAAGGAUGCAACCAAAAGAGAGACAGAAGCACCACACUUGGUGACACCAGCUGAGAUUGCAGACAUUAUUUCGCGAAUGAAGGAAUCGCAGGAUGUAUCUUCAGAAACGCUAUCUCCGUCCCCAGAGCAGCCAGAUGAAGCCGAUUACAGCUCAUCAACGGCAACUGCAGCGCCGCAACUUGUAGAUGUCGAAACUUCUAAAGUCAAGUCCAAAGAUCUUCUUGAUAACUUAUCGGUGUGGCUCACAAGUGACUCGGGUGUUGAGGUUGAGAAUUUGGAGGGUUGCUUAGCGUCAUCAGGAAAAGAUGUCGUCGCUUGUGGGGUAAACAGCUGGACAAACCAAGUUGCAAGCAUAGAUAUCAACUUCGCCGCCUCAACAUCUUUCCGCCCCGCGUCACAAAAAUCUGUGUGGAUUCCGAUCGCUCCAGACACAUACAACCAGCUUCCAACCGUGUACUUUACGUCGUGUCCUAUGGUGACAGAUAUGCUGAGAGUACACGAGUCAAUGACAGUGCUGUUCGUGCUCUCUCCAGCUCAGAUUGAGGCUGGCGACUCGUACACUGGACAGAAAUUCUUCGGGAACUCUCCGUAUGGACAGUUUGCUCUUCACGGUGGUAAACCAUCGUUUUUUGCCAAUCACGGCCUUGUAGAGAGUGCUCAGGUGAUCCCCUCGGGACAGUUCUCGCUUGUGACGUACCGUGUGGUUCCAGGCUACGUCCAAAUCAAGGUCAAUGGUGGUUCUUGGGGUGGUGAAGCUCCAGUUGAAGGCGACGAUAGACGCAUUCGAAUCACAAUUAACGAUGUGGUGAGCCUCGGCAACAGUAAGGGUGCGUGCGAUACAAACGCGUUCCAGGGUAGGAUUGCUGAGGUGCUCAUUUACGACGUUGAAUUGGACAAUGCGAAGAUUGAAAUGGUGGAAAAAUUCCUCCACGAGAAGUGGUGGGGGAAUAAGCCGUUCCCAAUAACAACAACGCCAGUGCCUGUAGUUGCAGAGACUGAACCUGUUGUGUCUAAGGUUUAUAAUCUAUUGACAGGCCCAGUGGCUGAAUCACCCGGAAAUGCCGCACAGGUCAAUGAAAUGAGCCAGCAACCUUCCUCAACAGGGAAGCCACAUGCUGAAGACACCGAGCAAGCGUCUACUCCAGCAGAGAGAUAUCAAAUCGAUCAUCGAAACAGCGAUGCUCCGGGGAAAUUUUCGAGAGUGGAUGAGGAGGACGUGAACUCGCCCAAGUUCGAUCCGCGAGUCAGCAUUUUCGAGUGGACAGCUCCUAGCCAAGCUGAUCCAGCAAAUGCAGCGCGGUGGAGGAACACAGUGAAGGAAAAGGUGGAAUACAUCCGCAACUUUCAGCUGGGUGGUGACGUACUACGCACACUGAUCCGCCAGCACAAGGACGAAUUGGUGAUGUUGCGAGAGGAGCUCUUCGGUUGA